AUGAACCCAUCGGAGAUGCAAAGAAAAUCACCUCCGCAGAGAUGGAGACACCACAGUCAAGCACCAUCGACUCGCCAGAUGAACAAAAUGGUGAUAUCGGAAGAACAGAUGAAGUUGCCAUCCACCAAGAAAGCGGAGCCGCCGACUUGGGCACAAUUUAAAAAGCGGACACAGUUCUCCGAAAAAAGCCUGGAGAACACAAGGUCUACAGGUGUACCCAGCAGCUCCGAAGAGACAGCGACCAUCAAAAACAGGCCAUAAUGACGAUGGCAGUUUUGUCAA